GGAGUAAAGGGCUUGUUAUAGAAGAAAACUCUUCACAAAAAUAACAGUGCUUUCUUUUUUGCAACAGCUACUUGGAGCAGAAGAACAGAAAACUGAGCCGGUUUCCUCAGCGCAUUUCACUCAAUCCCAAGCCUGCAAUGAUGCACGCUCACCUGAAGCAGGGGGAGAAAUCUGUAAAGGUCACUAAAUACAUAAAAGCGCAUCCCCAUUGUUCCAUUACUCAGCAGCCCAUCCGGCCAAGGUCAGAGCUCGCUGCCCACCGAGGACACGGCAACCAGCAGGGCCCUUUCUCCCACUCUCCAGCACGGACCUGCGAAGCCAGAGAGGAGUUUACAGAGACCGGGAGCCGGCGGGACGGGACGGGCGCCCGGCCCGACCUUCCAAAGCUGGCGGCAGCGAGGGCGUGGAGGGCCACGGCCCCGCUCCGCCUCCUGCGCCGCCUGCCCGGGGCCGCCCCGCCGGGAUUGGCGCGGUUUCGGGGGCUGCAGCCCUGUUCCGACGCCGCUCGCCCGCCCCUCGCACUUCCUUCGCUCGGCAGCCGCGUCCUUCCGCCGCCCCCGGCACCCAGCGGCGAGAGGCAGGGCGCUGGCUCGGGGGGUGCAGUACCGCCCUGUGGCCACAGGGGGGCAGACUUACCAGGGUGUGCUAUUUUCUCCGCCUUUUUGGCCGCCAUUUUGAGAAGGUCAAGCGAGUCCGAGACACCCGCGACACGCCACUCCCAACACGGCGGCCUCUCGGCUGCCUGUCGGCUCACAGCUGCAGUACCGCGCUCUGCCCACAAGGAGGCAGCACUGCCGCCCGCCCCAGACGGGGGCGCAGCGCGCCUCGGGGCUGCGGGCAGCGAAGGCGGCAAAAAAGAACAGGAGCGACCCCAGACAAAAACUGCUCUGAAAUAAAUGCCAAAAACCUGCCUCUUAUCGAGCAAGAGCCAAACAAGCCCCCUUGAUUUAAAGCCAUGUUUAAAUAAAAGUUUUAUUUCUAUUUUUCAUAUUUAUAGUCACACGCAUAUUUAUA